GUUAACAUUGUUAUGCAGCAGCUGGGUGGGGGGAAGGGACUAAUUAUGACUCAGGAGUGAGUGGCCGUGCCUCCUGUCAUGGAGGGGACUGAGGCAGGGUCCUGGGGCCCGUGUUCUUCCAUGCCACAAUGUUGGGGGAACUGAUGCUUGUUUUUAGGAAUUUCCUUGCCAUACUUGCUUCCUCGGGCACCCUGGGAGCUUUGGUGGCUUGGUUGAUAAGCUAUAAGCCAGUUUUGUUUGGGUUCCUAUUCCUUCUACUGUUGCUUAGCAACUGGCUGGUCAAGUAUGAACUCAAGCCCACCUCCUCAGAGAACUGUCAGGAGGAGGCCAUAAAUUCAAAGACUCCGGAAGCCCACGCCAACAACAAUAACCUGAACCCAAAACAAGUGGAGAGGCUGCAGGCCUGCUUUGCGCUCCAGGACAAGAUCCUUGAACGGCUUUUGUUCAGUGAACUAAAGCUGAAGGUCUUGGAAAAUCAGAUGUUCAUCAUAUGGAAUAAAUUGAAUCACCCUAAGCGAUCAAGCAGACAUCGAAAUUUCCCCACGAAGAAAGACAAAACGAGGAGGCAUGAGUCCACGUUUUCCAUCCUCUCUGAUUGUACUUCCAACUCCCCCACCUAAUGAGACUGAGGUGGGCUAGCUUCUGCUGAUGUUACCUUGA